CGCAUCACCCUCCCGCAUACCCCUCUCUCCUCCCCCCACCCCUCUAUCACCCUCACCAUGUCGCUCGCCAGGGUCGCUACGCCUUGCCGAUCCUCCCUCCUCCGGACAGCAGCCGCUUCCCCCGUUAGCGCAGCCAUCGCAAGGAGGGGAUACGCUACUCAAAAGGUGGACAACAUCCCACUUGCUGCCUACGACAACGGAUCACCUACCUCAGCUGUCACAGUCGCAAUCAGGGCCGGAGCUCGCUAUGAGACCAGCCCCGGAAUCGCAAAUGGUCUGAAGCACUUCCUGUUCAAGUCAAAUGCCAAGCGAUCUGCUCUGCGACUGGUUCGAGAGUCUGAGCUGUACGGUGGUCUUCUAUCCACCUCGCUCUCGAAGGAGCACCUGUUCCUGACCGCUGAAUUCCUGCGUGGUGACGAGGACUUCUUCGUCGAGAUUCUAGGAGAUGUUUUGUCCAGCUCCAAAUUCGCUACGCACGAGUUCAACGAGGAGGUCCUGCCCGCCUCUCGCGCCGAGUACGAGCAGGUAGCAGGCAACCCUUCCAUUCUUGGCUUCGAUGUCCUCACUCAGACCGCUUACAGGCAGCGAGGUCUGGGCGCUUCCCUCUACGCCAGCCCCUCUUCCCCCAUCAGCGCCUCUGGUGUCAGCUCGUAUGCCAAGGGAGCCUUCGCCAGGGACAACAUUGCCGUCUUCGGUACCGGAAUCACACAAGACAAGCUCUCCUCUCUGGUGUCCAAGAGCUUCUCUGGUGUUCCUGGCACAUCAACCGGCGCCCUGAAUGCCGGUCCCUCUACCUACUUCGGAGGCGAGCAACGAGUAGACUUUGCCCCUCACCACGCCGACAGCCCCAAGGCCCACAACGGCCACUUCUUCCUCGCCUUCGAAGGUGGCUCUUCGCCAGAGUUCGCCGUGCUGCGCGCCCUGCUAGGUGGUGAAUCCAGUGUCAAGUGGUCCAAGGGUCUUUCGCCCCUGGCUCAGGCCGCUGCCAAGGUGAAUGGAGGACACGCCGAGGCCUUCAACCUGACUUUCAGCGAUUCCGGAUUGAUCGGUGCCUACAUCACUGCCCCCACUGCCACGCUGCCUGCUCUGGCAAAGGAGGUGGCCGGUGCAUUCAAGUCGGCUGCAUCGAGCGUCUCGUCAGAAGACCUGCAGAGGGCCAUUGCCAAGGCCAAAUUUGACCUGACCAGCCAGAUGGAGACCAAGGAGCACGGUAGGGCAUUUGUCGGUGCCGCCCUGUUGAACAAGGGAUCAGUGGUCAUGAGUGACGAGGUCGUCUCUCAGCUCGAGGGCGUAAAGGCUCAGGGACUCAGUGCAGCCGUGGACAAGAUGCUGAAGGGCAAGGCUACCACUGUGGCCAUUGGAGAUGUUCGUCAGCUGCCUUACGCCGACGACCUUUUGUAAAAGCAACAAAAGAGGAUUUGGUGCGGAGAUGAGGAGGAGAUGCGGAGCAGGGAAAGGGGGAG